AUGGAAGCAGUUUCCCUUGUUGGCGCUGAUAUUGCCGUUUUAGUUAUUUACUUUUUAGUUGUCUUAGGGACUGGAUUGUUUGCGAUGUUUCGUGCACGUGUAAAUUCAGUCCAAGGUUAUUUCUUAGCUGGAAGAUUUAUGACAUGGAUUCCUGUUGGGGCCUCUUUAUUUGCUAGUAACAUCGGUAGCGAGCAUUUUAUUGGUCUCGGUGGCUCAGGAGCCGCUAAAGGCAUAGCCGUUGGAGCUUUCGAAUUUAAUGCUGCCAUUUUGCUGCAAUUGCUAGGGUGGGUUUUCCUACCCGUUUAUAUAUCGAGCGGUGCGUUUACCCUCCCAGAUUAUAUGAAAAAAAGGUUCGGCGGCUCAAGAAUACAAAUUUAUUUAACAGUGCUAUCGCUUCUGCUGUACAUAUUUACAAAAAUAUCAGUCAAUCUUUAUUCCGGUUCACUUUUCAUUACUGAAGCACUCGGCUGGAACAUAUGGUUUUCAAUCUUGUUCACACUUGCUAUGACUGCUGUGAUUACUAUAUCAGGUGGUCUUGCUGCUGUACUUUACACGGACUUAGUGCAAACGUGUGUGAUGUUAUUUGGAGCUGUCCUCCUUACUGCGAUUGGGUUUAGCAAAAUUGGGGGUUUCAAGGGGCUGUUGGAUUUCUAUGGAGCGGCAAUCAGUGCAAUAGAUGUCAACGCCACUGCUGGGGCAGCACUGAUCAUGAACAUCCGCGGCGUUGCGUCUUCAGAAGCCUCGCCAGGCCUCACACCGACAGUGGACAGUGUGGCCGCCUCGCCGAAUACCUCCGCCGAUCUGAAGUGCGCAUUGCCCUCUCGUAGCGCUUUUGUGAUGCUGCGCGAUGUCUCCGAUCCUGAAAUGCCUUGGCUUGGCUAUAUUUUUGGCCAAACGCCCGCCUCCAUCUGGUAUUGGUGUGCUGAUCAGAUGAUGGUGCAACGUGUCCUGGCUGCAAAAAGUCUGUCCCACGCUCAAGGUGCCACAUUAAUGGCCGGAUUCAUCAAACUCUUUCCUCUCUUCAUUAUUGUCAUGCCUGGUAUGAUCAGCCGCAUCCUCUACCCCGAUACCUUGGGUUGUGGCACAGCCGAGCAGUGUUACCGAAUUUGUGGAAACCGCUACGGUUGUAGCGACUUGGCCUACCCAAAGCUGGUCAUGGGCGUGAUGCCUGACGGUCUUCGCGGACUCAUGUUGGCAGUGAUGUUGGCCGCCCUUAUGUCCGAUCUCACGUCCAUCUUCAACUCCUCCAGUACCUUAUUCACCGUCGAUAUCUAUGCCUGCUUCCGACGCAAGGCUAGCAACCGAGAGCUUAUGAUUGUCGGACGGAUUUUCGUACUGGUAAUGGUUGCACUGAGCAUACUCUGGGUACCAGUGAUCCAAACCAUGCAAGGAGGUCAACUUUACAUCUAUAUUCAAUCCGUUGCUGGAUUCUUAUCGCCACCAAUCGCAGCAGUGUACGUUACGGCCCUGCUAUCGAAGAGAACUAAUGAGUUGGGAGCGUUCACAGGACUCAUCUAUGGCUUUCUUAUCGGAAUCACCCGUAUGAUCCUGAGUUUCGUAUAUUCGGAUCCGGUCUGCGGUGAGGAGGAUACAAGGCCAUGGAUAGUGGCAAAAGUGCAUUACAUGUAUUUUGCCAUGUUCUCAUUCUUCUCCACCGCCAUCGUUAUGUGCCUUGUCUCGUUGCUCUCUCCACCGCCCUCCGAGGAGCAGGUCCGCGGACUGACCUUUUGGACGCGUAACGUCAGUUCCGCUACCACUGCUGCUUCCUCCAUUUCUGUCACCGACACUGACACCGUUGUGCAACACGAAAUGCGACUGGGUGAGGAGAUUAAUUCCAACCUCCCAGAGGAUGAAAAGCCUGGUGAGGUGAAGGUCAAGGAGAUGGGCGAUCAAUUGACUGAGGAUGAGGAGCGGAUUGCGAAAAAUGAUCUGCCUUUAAAGAAGCUUAUUGUUAACGAAUCAGAAAACAAAUCCGAUGGACUCGGUGAUAUGGACGAAAGGGACGAGGAGGUUAUGACCAAAGUAGGCAGUAAUUCUUGCAAUCAAUGCCUCCACAUCUCCGGCCACUUUUGCAAAUGGUUCUGGGGCUUUGCCGACGAUCCCCGCCCGGAGGAUGUUCAGUGGUGCUGUAGUUGUAUCCGCAAACGAGCUCCAUCAACUCAACCCGGAGUUGGGGACUCCGAGCCCCUUCAAUUUGUCCCCGUGAGCCUGAAACAGAAACGCAGCACCAAAAUCGGUCUCUUCGUGGGUCUGGUGAUGAUUGUCACCAUAACUGUCUUUCUCUUCUGCUUCUUCUCCCUCUACUUUGGUCCGAUUACACGCGGACCACUGAGAAUUACCGGUAAUACGUCCUCGCCGGAAACGCUUAAUGCAAUUGAAGAGCUGAGGCGCUAUGGAAUGAUUGCAAAAUAA